AUGGUUAAGGAACUCUCGAAGAUCUCUGAUGGGCGUCAUCACGUUCACCUUAUUCUCCCAUUCGAAAUCACUCCACAUCUGUCGGAACUCUAUGUCGGUAAUGUUGCCCGCAAGUUGAAUGACCUUUCCGAGUUUAGAGCUCGAGAAAUCGAACUUUGUGUCUUUUGGAGCAGUUCCGAGUGCUUGAGAGAGCGACGAGUCAUACAAGUUCUCUCCUUGUUGGUUGUUCUUGGCAAGGAGCUGAGUGAAGUUGAUGGUCUUGUCAAUCUCGACAAAGUCUUUGGAGCGGGCAGAUCCCGAUGUGGUCAACUUGUCAGCGGCAUCGAGGCGGCUGAUGGAUUUAGCGCCGAGCAUGAGCUCAAGACUCUUCUUGCAAGCAUCUCCAUAUUGUUCAUCAAGUCCUGGAAUUCCUUGAGCAAUGAUCUUAAUAACAGCUCCCAUUCUAAAAAUUGCACUUUUUACAAUGAGUCCAAAUCAAUCGAGAGCAAGAUUAAGCGUCUUCUUACGAACUUCAAGUCCUGGAGAAGUGAGAACACGAAGAAUAUCCAUCACGAGUCCUUGAAGAACUUUCUCAUUGCUGGAGGUAUUGCGAAGUUGAACCAGUCGAUCCAGAACAAUCAACUUCACAUUGUUAUCGCUCUCUUUCACAAUAAGAUCGAUGUAAGCAGAUGCAGCGGCUUUGACUGCAGCUGGAGCGUUGGUGAGAGUGACGAGAGUUCCAGCAGCUUCGUAUCUAGAAUCAAAUAUUUGAAGAUUGUAAACGCAUCUGAUGAAGCGAGCGCACUCAUUCGGAUUAUUGUGACACACUUUGUAAAUCAGCUCAACGAUAACCAAUUGCAAUAUGUCUCCGAACGAUCCAACUUGAUCGAUGCAUCCGGACAAGUAGUCGAGAGCACGAGCUUGAUCAACAUGAAGAAGCAUCAUGAAAGCGUUACGCUUGCAGGAAGCAUCCUGUUCUGUCUCAAGAUAUUCGGUGACGAGCUCAGGUGCAUCCGGAAUCAAGAAUUCGAAGUUCUCUGGAAAAUGAACAAUUUACUUAUGUCGUCGAAAUAUGACGAUGAUCGAGAACAAAAGCGUAGAACAGUGAAAGAUGGUGAAUGGGCAUGUGUUGAUGCGAAAUGUGCGAAAAUCAAUGAAGAAACACGACAGUUUUGUGAUGAUUGUGGCAAAGCCAAACCCCGCGCCAAAAGCAAAAUUGGCAAAGAGUUGGGAAAAGAAAUGGCAGAAAAAUCGAAAGGAUUGUUUGCUGCUGAAGAUUGGGUUUGCUCCAAAUGCGGAAACGUUAAUUGGGCGCGCAGAAAAACGUGCAACGUUUGUAAUGCACCAAAACUAGCAGAUUUAGAGCGGAGAACUGGAUAUGGUGGUGGAUACAUGGAUCGUGAGGAUGUAGAAUAUAUAAAGAGAGAUUAUGAUGAGGAAUUCGACGAGUUUGGAAGGAAGAAAAAGAAGAAGGGUGAGGCGGAAACAUCUCUAGAACGAGAAGAUGGCGAAGAAUCGAGCGAUGAGUUGGAAGAGAAGGUAUCCGCCGAACAGAGGAAAGAAGACAUGGAAGACGAGGAAGAUGAAGAAGAGGAAGACGGAGAAGAUCUUGCCAAGUACGACUUCAAUUUCGAUUCAGACCCUGAGCUCAUUCAAAAAGUUGAAGAAUUGAAGACCGUUGUUUCCAGCAUAGCAAAUGGGCCUUCACAGUGUGAUGAGAGCGAUUGCUCCUGUUCGUGUUCUGGUGGAGAAUGUUCAUGCCCAGAUAGUGAAGAUGAGAAAGAGAAGGAAAGAGAGCGUCGAAAAGUCCACAAGUCGUCGAGAGAACGCGAUCGUGAAAGCUACCGAAAGAGAAGCUCAUCGAGAGAUCGUGAUAGGAAGAGAGGGAAAAGAAGCAGGAGUAGAAGCAGAGAUCGUCAUCGAGAUGAUCGUCGAGACAGAAAGCGAUCACGAUCCCGUUCAAGGGAUCGUCGUCGGAGUCGUUCUCCUCGUGGUGAAAGACGGCGUGACGAUGAGAGACGCAGAGAAAAGGAUAGAAGACGAAGCAGAUCCAGAGAAAGAUCCCGAAGAUAA